CGCACCAGCACCGGCUCGCCAAGCGACAUCCAGACUGCACCAGCACCAGCACCAGAACCAGCACCACACCAGCACCGGCGAGAAUGGGCAAGGACUCAAAAAAGAGAUCGGGCGUGCGCCACGACCCGCUGCAUGUGCAGAUCGAGAAGGAUACCACCGUGGAGCUGCACAAGCCCUGGCGGAGCAAGAAGCCGGCCCAGGGCACCAAGAGCAGCGCCGCCGAUGACAUGGAUGAGGAUCAGCCGAUGAUGGUCGACCAGAAGACCUCGAAGCGCAUCUUGGACGUCAUCAAGAAGCAGCAGGAUGAAAUGGAGAUGGAGGAGCGGACAACCAGCCGCCGACCCGGUCCGCCGAAAGGCCAAGUCUCCAAGCCCGUCCUUGCCAGCCACGAAUCGGACGAGGAAGAGGAAGACGAGGAUCUCGAUGAGGACUUCCCAGAGCUGGAUGGACUCGAGGAAAUCGAAAUCAACGAGGAGGAACAGACUCUGAUGGAAAAGUUUAUGAACAGGAACCCGAGAAAGCAGAUGAACCUGUCCGAUCUGAUUAUGAGCAAGAUCGAGGCUGCCAACCAGGGCGCGGCCCCAGACGACGAGGACCAAGCACCAGUUCCUCCCGGCUUGAAUCCCAAGGUCAUUGAAGUCUAUACCAAAGUUGGCUUACUGAUGAGCCGAUACAAGUCCGGCAAGGUUCCCAAGACCUUCAAAAUCAUCCCCUCUCUCGCGAACUGGGAGGAGAUCCUGUACCUGACAUCGCCCGAGAGCUGGACACCUCAUGCCGUCUACCAAGCCACUCGCAUCUUCACGUCGAACCUGAAGGCCAAGAUGGCCCAAAGAUUCUUCUCGCUGGUUUUGCUGGACCGUGUCCGCGAAGACAUUGCCGAGACCAAGAAGCUCAACUAUCACCUGUAUUUGUCGCUCAAGAAGGCCCUCUACAAGCCCGCGGCGUUUUUCAAGGGCCUGAUGCUGCCCUUGUGUGAGUCUGGCAACUGCACUCUCCGCGAAGCAGCCAUCAUCGGCAGUGUUCUGACCAAAGUCAGUGUGCCGAUGCUUCACUCUGCUGCGGCCCUGCUCAAACUGGCGGAAAUGGACUACACCGGUCCAAACAGCCUGUUUAUCCGCGUCCUGCUGGACAAGAAAUAUGCGCUCCCUUUCAAGGUCGUCGACGCUCUUGUUUUCCACUUCCUGCGGUUCCGAAAUGACCAGCGUCAGAUGCCCGUUCUGUGGCAUCAGUCGCUACUGAUCUUUUCGCAGCGCUACAAGGAGGAUAUCACUCAGGAGCAGAAGGAGGCGCUCUUGGACCUGCUCAAAUACAAGUCGCACGAAGGCAUCACUCCCGAGAUCCGUAGAGAACUGCAGAACUCGACCUGCCGAGGCGACAAAGUGGACGACAUCGACAUGACCGAGGCCCUGAUGGAUAUGUAGACCGAGCCGCGACCGAGCCGCGACCGAGCCGCGACCGAGCUGCG